UAGGUUCUCUUUUAGAAAAUGAAUUCGAAAGAUACAGUGCAAUACCAACAUGAAUAUCCUCCUGUUCGUUUCAAGUUAUUACGAAGUGCUUUUGAACCACGUUGUUCUAAACCACCAAUAUCAGAUGAUUUGGCCGAUUCAGUGCGUGUUUCUACACCAGAACGUUCUAAAAACACGCAAUCAUAUGAUUUGGCCGAUUUAGCGCGUGUUUCUACACCAGUUCGUAAUUUUAAUAGAAAUUAUUCUCUGAUACUAUAUGAUUAUAAUCAUGCCAAUGAAGGUUACCGACAAAGAAUAAAGCCUAGUAGGUAUGAACGAGAAAUAAAUAAUGAAUCAUAUCCACAAUCACAAAAACUUUCUUUAGGGCGGUGUAUGGAAUGUCGAAAGUUAUUUACUGGAAAGAAAUGGUGUCGUCCUUGUAAUUCUGUACAUUUUUAUAAACAAACUUCAGAAUGGACAAGUUGGAGACUCGGUUUAGAUAAUUUAAUCAUCGAAACACAAAUUACUGCAAAUAAUGUACAUAGCUUUUUUGAAUGGAUCCCUUUCGAAAAUUUUGAUAACGUUACACCUUUAGCGAAAGGUGGAAAUAGUAAUGUUUAUAAAGCUAUAUGGAAACAAGGUCCAAUUACAUAUUGGGAUACUAAUACUCAUAACUGGGAACGAUUUGGUCGUCAUGAAGUAGUAUUAAAAGUAAUAGAAAAAUCUCAAGAAAAUUUGGACGUAUUUAUUAAUGAACUUUCAGCACAUCACAAAUUUAGUACAAUCAUUGGACAUAUACUUCGUUGUUUUGGAAUUUCACGUUGGGAAGACAAGGGAGACUUUAUUAUUGUAACAUUACAUGCUAAAGAUGGGGAUUUACGAAAAUAUAUUCGUAAAAAUUUUGAGAAUUUUUCAUGGAUUGAACGUUUAAUUACGCUUAAAGACAUUGCUAAGGGUCUAGAAAUUAUCCAUAACACUGGGUAUGUUCAUCGUGAUUUACAUACAGGCAAUGUUUUAAGACAUGGAAGUUGGGCAAUGAUAAGUGAUCUUGGACUUGCAUGGCGUCAAGAUUCUGUAUCAACAGGUGAAUUAAUUGGUGUAUUACCCUAUAUGGCACCCGAACUUUUAUCUGGAGGUCAGUAUUCUUCAGCGUCUGAUAUCUAUAGCUUUGCAAUGAUCAUGUAUGAAGUUGCAAGUGGAAAAAUUCCAUUUUACAACGAGGAUAUCAACGCUAUUAACAUUAUUAAAGGAGCUCGACCCGAACUUCCUUCUGCAACUCCUCUUAAUUAUAUCAAACUUAUGAAAUCUUGUUGGAAUACUGACCCGAAAGAAAGGCCAAUUGCUAGGAGUCUUAUUAAGAGUUUUGAUGAGUGGAUUCAUGAUAGUGAAACGAUGCAAUUAACCGAAACUUAUGAUUCCUUCCAAAGUGCUGAAAAUGAGCGAAAGAAUUUAAUUACUUAUAUUGAAGAAGAUUACACUUCUGCUAUUGGCCCAUCUAGUCAAUUAAUUUCUAUUAAAUAA